AUGGACAGGGAACAACAGCUGUCUGGUCCCAGAAGUUCCUUCAUGAUCGGUGACGUCCGGCCGAUUAUGAUGCCCACGUUUAUUAUGGACAGUGACUCUGUAGAACACGUGAUUCAAUAUAGUUAUUUAAUAAAUAAAUGUAAAUCCAGCGAGCCAAGUUUAAUAAGUUGUGGAAUAGAUUGUGAUUUUUUGUAUGGGCAGGGUUAUGACGGAGCAAGUAACAUGUCUGGUCAAUUUCAGGGUGUACAAGCACAUAUAAGAUCCAAAUACCCUAAAGCACUUUAUGUGAAUUGUGCAGCCCAUUCUCUAAAUUUAGCAGUUUCAACUGCUAGUAAUAUUAAGCCAGUUAGAAACUGCUUAGGAAUUAUUGAAAAAUUAUAUGUAUUUUUCAAUACUCCGAAACGAAAUGCAGUACUUUUGUCAGCUAUUGAAAAUAGCAAUACUGAUCAAAAAGUUAAGACACUUAAAAGGUUAUGUGCAACGCGCUGGGUACAGAGGUAUGAUUCUGUUCAUGAUUUUAUUGAACUUUUUGAAUUUGUAGUAAACGCUUUAGAGUGUAUAACUGAAUGGAAUGAUUCUUCAGCUACAGAUGCAACAUUACUUUUAAAAUCAUUUGACUCAGAAUUCAUUAUUUCUGUUAAUAUUGUUCAGUAA